AUGGUCAUGGCAAUCGAGUUCAAAUAUUAUCGCCGCCUACCCGCCGAAAUCCGUCUUAUGAUUGUUCAUGAAACUUUUGGGUACAACGACGAUACACCAACAAUUGAAGUCAAAUUCCGCCUACAAUUUGCCCAGUACAUAAGACCGUGGGCAGCUCGAAGGCCACACGGUCCCCGUCCUCCUCCUCGAGAGGCCCAUGUUUUGCUUAGUUUCAAUCUUCAACAAGGUGCAUUCGGCGGCAAGCCCGCUUUCGCAGACGCAUACUCAGAAUCCUACCACGAAUAUCACCGCCUCAAUCCCCACCAACUCCGCUUCGGAGCCAGAAAACUAUUCCUCAACUUCGCCCGAGACACAGUUUUCAUGGACGCAUUAACCCUCUACUCCUUCCACCUCUGGUGCAAGCACGACACAGCCAGUAUCCGCGCCCACAGCUCCUGCUUCGAUCAAAUCCGUAAUCUAGAAACCACACUCCACAGCAACAACAUCGCUGGGCUUACAGCAAAUCCCUGGAUGAACGACCAGAAUUUCCUGAGUGGGGUGACGAGUACGAGUACGAGACCGGCAGCGGAUAGACCAGCGCGUUGUGUAGAUAGCAGGAAUAUCGUUUCCGCGAGACUUUGUGCGCAACGGGAUGCGCUGUUGGUGCUGUGGACUAGUGGUAGGCAACAAGAUGUGAUUAUGGAGAGUUUUGGGGGAAACGGGGUUAAUGCGACAACAAUUGGCGAUGUUUUUCCAUUCUUUGCUUGA